AUUGCCAUGCAAAAACUCCAAAAUCACUCAGCACCAUUGAUUCCAAUGGAGAAGCCAAUCUACAUAGUAAUUGUUCCAAGCCCUGGCUUCAGCCAUUUACUUUCAAUUAUUGAAUUUUCCAAACGGCUAAUUCAGCACUCCAAUGGCUUGCAAAUCACAUGCCUCAUUCCCACACUUGAUUCUCCCUCUGAACCCUCCAAAGCCAUCAUUCAAACUUUGCCCUCAUCCAUUCACUCCACUUUUCUUCCAUCAAUUCAUUCCACUAACCUACCACAAGAUAGUCCAAUAGCAGUCAAAGCUCAACUCACAGCGACCCUCUCUCUCCCCUUUAUCCGUGAAUCUUUGAAAACCCUAAGUUCAAGCUCAAGGCUAGUUGCCAUGGUCACUGAUCUUUUCGCAAGUGAUGCUCUUAUUUGUGCUAAAGAGUUCAACAUGUUGUCCUUCAUUUACGCCCCAACAUCGGCUACGACACUCUCUUUUUGCUUGUGUCUACCAAAGUUGGAUCAAAAUGUUUCUUCUGAGUUUAGAGAUCUACUAGAACCCAUUGAAAUUCCUGGCUGUGUUCCUAUUUAUGGGUACGAUUUGCCAAAACCGGUUCAGGAUCGAACCAGCCAAAUGUAUGAGUUCUUUCUUCAAAAAUGCAAACAACUCCAUGCAGUUGAUGGGGUCUUGGUUAAUAGCUUCAAAGGCAUUGAAGAAGGGCCUAUAAGAGCAUUGGAUGAAGAAGGCUAUGGCUACCCCAAAGUGUACCCCGUAGGACCUAUUAUACAAACUGGAUUAUCAGGAGAUGUAAAAACUGGGUCUGAAUGUUUAAGGUGGUUGGACAAUCAGGCACCUAAUUCUGUUGUUUAUGUUAGCUUUGGAAGUGGAGGGACACUUUCACAAGACCAAAUGAAUGAGCUAGCUUUGGGGUUGGAACUAAGUGGCCACAAAUUCUUGUGGGUUGUGAGAGCACCAAGUGAAUCAGCCAAUUCUGGUUACCUAAAUUCUGAAAGUGAUGACCCUUUACGGUUCUUACCAGAUGGAUUCAUUGAGAGGACUAAGGAACAGGGUUUGGUUGUUCCAUCAUGGGCACCUCAAGUUGAAGUUCUUGGUCACAAUGCAACUGGUGGGUUUUUAACUCACUGUGGUUGGAACUCCAUCCUUGAGAGUAUAAUGAACGGUGUACCACUUAUAGCGUGGCCUUUGUUUGCUGAACAGAGAAUGAAUGCUGUUAUGUUAAAUGUCGCCCUAAAAGUUGCACUAAGGCCAAAUGCUAACGAAAAAGGUUUGGUGGGAAGAGAGGAAAUUGGCAAGGUUAUAAGAAGAUUAAUUGAAGGUGAAGAAGGCAGAGAAAUCCGUAGAAGAAUGCAAAAGUUGAAGAAUGUUGCUGCUGAAACCAUGCAAGAAGAAGGGUUAUCUUCAAAGACUGUAAUUCAGUUCGCAGCUAAGUUGAUUGGCAAUUAGAACUAUGAUCAUGUAUCGGUAAAGGUGCGUAUAUGUUGUUUCUAAUCUAGUCUACUUCUAUGAGAUGUUUUAUAUUUUUGUGUUUAUUUAUAAUAAUAUUAAAUGUUUGAGAUGUGAUCAACCUUAUAUACAACUGUAUUAUCAUAUUGCCGGUUGUAUACAAGAUACAUGUAAUUUCUCUCUAAAUAUAAAUAAAGUAUGUAAUACUCUUAUUUUACAUUUUGAAAAAUGUAAUUUCUUCUA